AUGCGAAUGCGAAUGCACGAGCUUCCUCGUGAAGCCUCGCCCUGCUCCCGUCGACCCAAGAACGAGGACCAGCCCCGACGUCAUGGCUUGUCAGCCCUCCCAAGCCCGCAGCUAAAACACACAUCGAAUUGCGCUUUCGCUACGACGAGUAUGUCUGCCCUUCCCUCGGGGCCUCGACAGGCCUGGCAGGAGACGACGUCACGGCCCUCACGAGCCCGCACGGCGACACUGCGACCGCCCUCACGAUCCAUCAUCCUCACCUUUCUCCUCGCCCUCACCCUCCUAUCCGCGCCAGCCGCCGCCGUCCAGCUGGCUGCCUUUGACAACUGCCUCCCGAAUACCUACAGAGAUCGCGAUCCUCCGCCACUGCAAUGGGUCCCCCUCUACGUCGAUGCCGUCUUCGAUACCGAGAGCAAGAGCCAUGCUCUUACCGUAACGACCUGGGGCAACAUUACCGGGUCGUAUGAUACCGUCGAGCUGCCCGCCGCCGACUCCCCGAGAUGGGCUUAUCAAUGGAUCCUGCCCAUUGCCCCCAUAUUCGACACAACCCAGUUGAGCCUGCCUGUUGGCCUUCCAGCCAUGAGCAUGUCGCACGAAUUCUUUUCGAGCUACUCACUCGCCACUUUCUCUGCUACCUUCCUCAUCAUUUAUGGCGAUGCUAGCGAAACCAACAUUGGAUGCGUUUCCGUCCCCAUCACUCCCUACCUCGGCAACUUUACAUGGAUGCUUACUUUCCUUCCCUUCGCCGCCCUCCUGUUUGUCGGCUUUGCGACCGUCCUUGCUGCCAUCUAUAGCCCCUGGGGCACGACGGAUAUAUUCAUGUGGUCCUCGAACCACGGCCGUGAUGUUGACCUCUUGCGCCUCGUCACUCCAGGCUUUGGCGACUGUUUGCAAUAUAUCCAGUUUGCAGCCCUCACGGGAGCAUUGUCCCUCAACUAUCCUGGCUUCUACCAGCCAGUGGCAAGUCAAGUUGCGUGGUCCUCACUAAUGUUUAACCAAAGCUUUGUGAGCAAGGGCCCCGCGUACGAGAGCAUGGUGGAUGGCAUCUAUGUUACAAAUAGCACUCGUGGCCUCGUUCGGUACAGCCAGCUCGUUGGCUUGAGCCAACCGAAUGACGUCUGGGCCGGCAUGAUGGUGUGGUUGCUUGUAAUUGCUGCAGGUGUCAUUGUCUUGACACAGCUAGGUUUUAUCGUGCACCGCCUGUAUCGCCUGGCUAGAAGCAUCCCCGAGGAGGACCUACGGUCUAAGAACAUACCCUUUUCUUUGGGCAACAUUCUCGUCGCUGCGGGAGAGUCGCCCGCCUAUGUUGUUGCCCUCUCCGUGGUCGUCCUCGCCGCCAUCAUAGGCUUCACCGUGUGGUUGCUCCGCGUCAUCAUCAGGGCUCGCCCCCGAUCCGACUUGUUCGACGAUCUCCCCACCGUCUUGCUCUACGGACCACUUUACAACACUUAUACGGAUGCGGCUGCUGGGUUUGCUCUUGUACCCAUCCUUCUCGGUAUCCUGAGGGGCAUCGCCAUUGGCGGCCUUCAGGCUUCGGGCAUAGCUCAGAUUGCCAUCCUAGCAAGCGUCGAGGUGGUGCAGCUUCUCACCAUCGUCUACUUCCGCCCAUUUGACUCACAAACCUCGAUGAACGCCUAUCACUCGCUCUUCUCCGUCAUGCGUCUCAUUACCACGCUGUUGAUGAUUGCCUUUGCGCCUUCUCUCGGCGUCACCGAGGGCCCCAAGGGAUGGGUUGGCUAUGUCAUCCUCGUUCUGCAUGGAGGCGUUCUCGUUUUCGGCUUCUUCCUCAACGCGCUGCAGACCUUGAUAGAGGUUGUGGCUCGUCUUCUAGGUGCCGGUGGAGACGAUAUGCGGGGCCUCACCCGAGGUGGCCUAUCCAAAAUUUUCGGCAUGCGGCAACUCUCCAGACGCAUGUCGCGGCGCCACCACGGCGGGGUAUCCCGCCAGAGCCAGCUUUCCACGACGGCUAUGCUCGACGUUGACCGCAACUCCAAGACUGGCUACGUGAUGCCGGGAGGAAGGCUUAGAAGCGAAUCUGUAGCUAGCAUUGGUGGUCUAAUGAGUAAGCAGCACAGGUCCUCGUCCGCCCUCGACAGCAUCGACGUAUACUCGGGUGCACCUGCGAGCUCCUUCACCCCUACGACCCCCGGCGAAGCGAACCCCUUCUCCUUCCUUCCGUCGCCGAGCGUCGCCAGUAGGCCGGCGCAGGCUGCCGUGGCCGAUAACGCCAUGGAGCCAUACUACUACCGGCCCCCGAGGAGGAGACGAGAGACUCUGACCGAUUCUAUCAACAGCAGCAAUCUGAACCGUGUGUCGCUGGUCGAACCCAAGCAGUACGCCCAAGGUGGCGCAAUCCUGGGCGACCCGAACGACCUAGAUGCGGCUCUUUCCCGUGGCGCCACGCCGGCACCGCACGGCUCGCUGCCCAUUAACCUGGCGCCGAGAGCUGAUUACACGACGAGAGAGGUCGACUUUUAUUACGGUGUUAGAGGACCAGCGCUGAACUCGGAAAGGCCGGGAAGGAAACUCGGAACCGGACCAGCGGACCCAACGGGACCGGUGGCGACGGCUCAGAGCUGGUUCCGCUCGUUUUUGAGUGGGAAAACCAAGGAUAAGGGCAAGGGGUUCGAGGUCGUGCGGAGUGCGCGGAUGCCUCCGGCGAUGCGGAUGCAGGCUGGCCUUGACGGUGACCCAGCUAUCGAGGGCGUGCCUGUUGCAAUGUCCAAUCUGAGAAACGGCCCGAAUGAGUCGGAUGACGAAGCGGAUGUGGCCGGGGCCUCCAAAAUCAAGCGGGCGCGGAGCCCCGCAACCCUGCUCAAUGAGCGAGGUGAGCCUCAAGACAUGGACGUGGAGGGUGCCGAGAUGGACGACUUGGAAGCCCCUGGCAUUCCCCGGAAGAGCUCCAAACGGCAUUCGGAUAUCAUCGACUAUAGCGCGGCCCCGUCGUUUAACCUGAUCCCACCUGUGAGCCCCGUGAGCCUACCGACCUCGCCGAUCCAUCCGAUCUCGCCGCCACGAAACGGCCACGCCUCGCAUCCAUCUUUCAACGAGAAGCAGAGCAGCGGCGCCCCGAUGCUGUCCCGCCUGCCAUUCGAGCGGACCGGGUCCAUGAGACACAACUCGUCUGUUUCUUCGAUGGAUCUCGGCGACGACUUUACCCACAUCGACCUGCACCGUGAGGAAACCAGUAGGGACAAGCCUACGAGCGGCCACGUAACGCAGCACAGCAUCAGCAAGGUCGAACCCGAAAAGCAUCACAUCGAUCUUCUCGGGAGCUCCGCGGAGCUGGUAGAUGACCAGUAUGCCUCCAGCCGGGGCGGUUCGGCCGAUGGACGGAGGUAG